UUCCCCUGAAGAGGUUAAAAGUCUGAUGCAAUUCACAUCGUGCUUUCCCAUGUCCCUGCGGUACUCCAGGCUCCAGCGAAGUGUCUUGACGCAUACGAUAUUAAUUAAUAGCGAAUUUUAAUUGUCCUUUGGAGAUCAAGAUGUCCGAGGAAGACAACGUAUUCGACCCAACUCUCAAGAAGAAGAAGAAGAAGAAGAAGACUUUUGACCUGGAUGCUGCGAUGACUGAUGGAGGCAGUGGCAAUGAGGCUCCUGAGGGUACUGGAGACAAGGAGAAUCAGGAGCCAGAGCAACCCCAGUUCGAAGAUGAUGAUCCACUGGAUUUGGAAAGCUUCGGCAAGAAGAAGAAGAAGAAAAAGAAGGCGUUCAAUUUAGAGGAGCUCGAGACCGCUCUUCCUGAGAAUAAGAAAGAGGACGUAGCGGAAUCGAGAACAGAAGAGAUAACAGUCGACGACAUGGACCUCGAUAUGGACUUCUCGAAAUCGAAAAAGAAAAAGAAGAAAAAGAAGGAUCUCGAUGAACUAGUCGCCGAAGAGAAAGAGAGAAAAGAAAAUGAAGACAAGGAGAAUGUGGAGGAUACUAGUCUCUGGAUCGGAUCAGACAGAGACUACACGUAUGAUGAACUACUGUUGAGAGUAUUUAACAUUAUGAGAGAAAAAAAUCCUGACAUGGUGGCUGGUAAGAAGCAGAAAUUUGUCAUGCGUCCACCUCAGGUCGUACGUAUUGGCACGAAGAAAACGUCCUUCGCCAACUUUACUGAGAUUUGCAAGACUCUCCAUAGACAACCGAAACAUCUCCUAGACUUUCUACUCGCUGAAUUGGGUACUAGUGGCUCAGUCGAUGGUAACAGCCAAUUAAUAAUCAAGGGAAGAUUCCAGCAGAAACAAAUAGAAAAUGUAUUGAGACGUUACAUCAAAGAAUACGUAACGUGUCACACCUGUCGAUCCCCCGACACAAUAUUGCAGAAAGAUACAAGGCUGUUUUUCCUUCAAUGUGAAACUUGUGGAUCAAGGUGUUCAGUAGCUAGCAUUAAAUCUGGUUUCCAAGCUGUAACUGGCAAACGUGCUGCUAUUCGUGCUAAAACGGCUUAAAGUUUUUGUAUAUUUUACACUAAAAAUAAAAUAUCAAGACCUCCAUUGUAAAACAAUUUCCACAAACUCAAUCUGUAUCAUUGGUAAUAAACUACUACGCAAAUUAUCCGAA